AUGAGUGCGACGUCAACUCAUUCAGCAGUGCCGACCAGCCUCACCAACACGACCGGAGAUGCAGCUGCUUUGUCAUUCAACAUUUCAUUUAGUCUCAAUCUUGGCUCUCUCCUGCACGCUCCCUCCCGCCUGUUCGCUCGCAUGCGCAGAUUAGACGACAUCUUCGGUAUGCACUCAGAGAUAGACUCUGAGAACUCGCUGGGCGCUUCAAGUGAAGGAACGUCCCUCAUACGUAGGAUGCGUGGAGAACAUCCGCCCCCACCGGGAGGUCUCACACCUCUGCCAGGGCCGUGGGCUUUCUUUGCGUCUGGAUAUGCGGUAGCAUUAUUUGCAAUGGCUCUCCUUCUGAACCGCAUACAACACAUUGUUGUUCCAUCCCGACGUCCCUUUCCUUACCGUCUGCCCUUCAGCACCGCUCGCCGUAACCGACUAUCGUUCCUGCGUCUCGCAUACUCCCUGUUCUUCCCCGUAGACCUAUCGUCCACAUUCUCGAGGACGAUGUUUCGAAUCCCGACGUUGUAUUUUUUGUCCAAAGCAUUCGCACUAUGGUUUGUGAUUCUGUUACAAACAUCGGGGACUUUUCCCUCUCCUCAGUGGACGUGGUUACAGAUUAUAGAUGCUUGGGCUGCACACAAGAAAAUGGAAGAUGUGUGUUGGUCUACCUUCGGAGCUGUAUGUGGAGCGCUUACUAUUGGGGCGCUCACGCGUGGUCUUGAAGGCCUGGGGGCGACCAACACUUCACCAUUCAACUUGUUUGGAUAUGCAUUCCUUCUUCACCUCUACUCGUCUCCCAUAACACAUUCACUUAAACUUGAAGGGCUACCGUCACGCCCUGAUAUGCACGUUGUCAUCACCAUCAUGAUGCCUCUGCUCCAGCUCUUCAUGAUCCAUCUUAUGGGUAUCAAGCAAUCCUGGUCUAAUCAACGGCUCAUUCCGACCACCAUCUGCUCCGUACUGACGCUCGUCCAUUUUCACUCUGUCUUAUGGUUUUCUCCUGCUUCGUACCCACUGCUAAACUACAUGUCUUGUCUAUUCGAAUCUCUUCUCGUUCUAGUGACUCUCUUGGCGCUUGUGCUCAACGCGCUCACCCAGCUGCUGCUCGAGGGUACCGUGACAAGACCAGUUUUCGGACACGCUGCCACGCUGAUGCCCAAGUGGGACGAAGACUUUUCAAUCGUCCUGCUACGCUUGGGUACAGCGAGCCUUGAGGCAACCAGCGUUGCCGGCCUAGGAAAUGAACUUAGCGGAGUACCUAUAUCGUCUUCUGCGGAUAUCGACACCAAAUCCGACCCUGUGUACGGCGAGGUCGAAAUGAGCCGUGCUGCAGGGGUUAUGUCUGUCUCGCAUGGCAUAGAGGGACGCGGAAAGCAAAGGCGCAAGAAGGAUGGAUUCGCGAAUGAGAUUCGCGGAGUCAAGGUUGGGUCCAGGCAGAAAGAUCCUUGGGUUGACUACACGUGGGUGAGGGAGCUAGCGAAGUUUGGAGACGGAAUGAAGAAGGUUGUUGUGGGAUUCUGGAGGUUGCUUUGGGGCUUCCUCCGUGGACGACCGGUACAUUCACGUCGCCAACAUACUGCUCCACGUGAGACUCACGGCGUUUCUCCGACGAGGGAGCAAGCAGAGGGGCUGGAUGACGUAGGGGAUUACGAGCGAUUCUUGAUGGGCGAUCCGGUCACCGAUGAUGAUGAGGACGACUUCCAUCCGGCAGGGUUGCCGAACCUCGAGAAUGACGAUUCUGAUGCGGAUGCGACUGACGAUGAGGAGUCCAGUCCAGACCAAGACAAUGAAACCGCUGGGCUCUACGCAGAUUUAUCUGCUAGCGCGACUACUUCAGCGACAGCCCCACUCCUUCUUGCGCAUAUGACAGACGCCUCAAGUUUGCCGCUUACUCGGCGAAGGUACAAAACGUUGCUCACUGGGCAGCAGCGUGCGGAGACUAGUAGAGAGGGUGGUUCGUGGGAUGAGUUCGUGAGCGACCGGAGAACUAUAGCGGCUGCGGAGAAGAAUCGUCGAGGUGACGGUGGGUCGGAUAGCGAGAGCAGGAGAAGCUGCGUCAUUUGCACGGUUGAGGAGAGGCAAAUCAUUUGUUGGCCGUGUCGAUGUUUAGCUUUGUGCGAUGACUGUCGGGAGAAUCUGGCGUCGCGCUUUGCGGCGUCGAAGCAUACCUGUCCUUGCUGUCGUCAGCCAGUGGAAGGCUUUUCGAAGAUAUACAUUCCUUGAAAUAAGGAAGUACAUCGAAAUUUUAAAUCGCCUUCGAGGAUAUCGACAAAUACUUAGUUAAAAUGUGUACGUCUACUGUUUUGUUCUGCUAACUAUUAUGGAAGGAACUAUUAUUGUGUGGUGG